AUGAACGGCACAGAAGGGAGUAAUUUUUACAUCCCUAUGUCCAACAGGACUGGUGUAGUUCGCAAUCCUUUUGAAUACCCGCAGUAUUACUUGGCUGACCGAUGGCUGUUCUCCUCGAUUUCGGCUUACAUGUUCCUUCUCAUAUGUGCUGGGCUACCAAUCAAUGGCUUGACACUGCUGGUGACAGUCAAACACAAGAAGCUCAGGCAGCCUCUAAAUUACAUUCUAGUCAACCUGGCUGUUGCCAACCUGGUCAUGAUCAUGUUCGGAUUCGUGUUAAGCUUCUACACGACCAUGAACGGUUAUUUCAUCUUCGGGCCAAUCGGCUGUAUUUUUGAAGGUUUCUUCGCAACGCUGGGAGGCCAGGUAGCCCUCUGGUCUCUGGUGGUUUUGGCCAUAGAAAGGUACAUAGUGAUAUGCAAGCCAAUGGGCAACUUCAGGUUUGGGACGUCUCAUGCUCUAAUGGGAAUGGGCUUCACGUGGUUCAUGGCUCUAACGGCUGCAGUGCCCCCACUCGUUGGCUGGUCCAGGUUCAUCCCAGAAGGAUUCCAGUGUUCAUGUACUCCAGAUUUCUACACCACGAAUCCACUGUACAACAAUGACUCUUACCUUAUGUACUUGUUUAGCGUGCAUUUUGCAUUUCCAGUUACACUCAUAUUCUUCUCAUAUGGACGUUUAAUCUGUAAAGUUAAGGAGGCCGCAGCGCAGCAGCAAGAGUCUGCAACCACCCAGAAGGCAGAGAAAGAAGUCACCCGCAUGGUCAUUCUAAUGGUCAUUGGAUUUUUGACCGCUUGGCUACCCUAUGCCAGUUUGUCAAUCUGGAUCUUCACUCAUCAAGGGGCAUGGAUUUCACCUCUACUCAUGACUAUCCCCUCAUUCUUCUCUAAAAGUUCUGUGUUGUACAAUCCAAUCAUCUACAUACUAAUGAACAAGCAGUUCCGUAGCAGUAUGAUCACCACAGUGUGCUGCGGCAAGAAUCCGUUUGGAGAUGAUGAUUCUUCAUCAGUAACAUCUCAAAGCAAGACAGAGGUUUCUUCCGUAUCAACGAGUCAAGUCUCCCCGGCAUAGGAACAACCGAUAGUAGCAGAAAGACCGAUUGAGAUGUGUACAGUUCUUUAUAGGGGAUCUUAAUGUGGACAAUUGUUUGUAGGGGAACUCAGGUAGCUACUAAAAUCCUUUUGUGUACAAAAAGUAUUUUAAUAAUUAUCUGAAUUCCCCUAUAAACACUCUGAACACGAAUACGAACUUGCAUACUGUGGAAUGAACACGAACACAAACUUACUUAUAUUCUUAGAAUCUACAGUAACAAGCAUCCCUCCAAAACGGGUUAUUAUUGACCUUUGAUCAAUUUAUUUGCUUAUUUCUCACUCGCCCUUUUUGAUUGGAAAUCCAUCCUUCAUCAAUAACGAACGAUGGGUGGAUUAUGAGGUGUUAAAUCUCACAACAUUUCAUUUGAAAAAUCAUAUAUCCUGGAGACAAAAAUAAUUUCUGGCCAAUUUGAUUAACUUUAACCAUUGUUAUACAGUUUCUACAAUGUAGGGAGAAACCCCACUUCUUUUAAGAAUACAAAAACUAUCGGAGUACAGAUAUACAAUGUAUAAACAAUGUGCUGUAUUUGUGAUACAGAAAUCCAAAUAAUACUGAUAUUGAUCAACAGAAACCAGGGAUUAUAUUGUACAUAGUUCCUCUUUCCACAGUAUGCAAGUUAACACAUUUCCGAUCCAUUCAACAAAGUCCUCUCUCUCCUGCCUGCGUUCUGCAAACAUUUGUGCUAAAAAUUAACAAUGUAAAACUGCCUGUGCAUGUGCAUGUCGCCCUCACUGUAUAUUUUUUAUAUAUAAACGGUAUUUAUGCUAUGAAGAUAAUUUGUAAAGUUGACAUUAGUAUUUAGAAAUAAAAACUUGCAUCACAAGUUUAAUGCGCGAUUCUUAUCAUUUGCAUACGGUGUGUGCAUAGUUCUGAAGUUUUGAUUUUGCUCAAGUUCAUAAAAGAUCAAACUAAAAUGUUUCAAUACUACUUUGGAAUAUAAAUGUGCACCUUAUUAUUUACUUUGAUGCACUCUUAUCCAAACCCCUGACUGUUCAGCACCUAGGGACGUCCUCCCGACGUGAAAGGCGCUAAACAAAUUUAAUUUUGUAUUUUUGUUGUAUUUUCUUACCCUUUUGGACUAUUGCAAAGGUUCAUUUUUUUGUUUGCUUUAGUCUUGGCACAUGUGGAAACAGAGACCAUGCUUUAGAGCAUCCAAACCAGACAGUUUCACAUUUGCAUGCCACCUAAACAUGGAAAUUUCCAUGUCUGAAAUCGAAUGCGCACCUUCUUCCUGGAGGGAUGCAUCCUUACUGUUCCAGAGUAUUAGAGACCCCAAAGUGUGCGUUGGGGGUGCUGCUGAAGUUUAAUCAGCUAAAAGCACAUAGCUUGUCCCUCCACAUCUUGCUAACCCUGUAUCAACCAGUCCACUCCUUCCGCUCAGCAGGUUGGCAUUGCUCCACACCCCCCGCCCGGCUCA